AUGGCGACUGAGGCUACUGUUCGCAAAUUCUUUGCAUCAUCCGCUUAUGCCGUGGCUGGUGCCAGCUCCAACCCUGCCAAGUUCGGACACCGCGUCUUUGUCUGGUAUCUCCAUCAUGACUUACCAGUAACUCCCAUCAACCCGGGCUCAGAGACCAUCAACGCUUUGAACAAGGACCACCCUACUGUCCCCAGUGUGACCGCUCUUUCAAACCCUACGCAGACAUCUCUGUCAGUCAUUACUCCACCAGCAGCGACCCUAAAGGUGCUUCAGGAGGCAAAGGAGAAGGGCAUUCCGUCGGUGUGGCUGCAGCCUGGCAGUUUUGAUGAUGCUGUCCUCAAGUUUGCCAAUGCUCCUGGGACGUUUGAAGCUGUUGUUGCUGGUGAUGGUGGCCGAGGCCAUGAGGGAUGGUGUAUCUUGGUUGAUGGUGAGCGAGGACUGAAGGCUGCUGGCAAGCUGUGA